AUGGUUUUGGAAGCUGGUUCAAAUCCGAUAGAAACAAUUAAACAUCCUGGGGCAUUGGAAACAAUGUUGAAAACAGUUUUAUAUCCUAAAGAUUUCGAUUCAAUCUCAGGUUGGAUACCCGAUGUUGGCGAUGGAAGUGUUUUAAAAGAACCGAAGGAAGAAAGGUUGGCGGAUCCUGGAUCACGUGGUGAAGAUUCAGAUGGUGUGGAAGGGGAAGACGAGUCUGAAAGUGAAAAGAGAGGGGGUGUGCCCUGUCUACGAGAGCGUUUACCUAUGUCUGCUGGACUAGGAGUAGGUGAACUUCGGGCUCGAAACACAAUAGAAAGAGUAGCACGAGCAGCUAUUCAUGGAUUCGAAAAACGAGUACUUCAGUAUAAUAAUGUUGUUGAGAAUAAUAGCGGCUGUUGGAAUAACAUCUCAAAUAAAGCAGCUAAAGCAACAGCUGCCGAAGAACGCAGACACAAUUUAGAAAUGGAAAAGCAAGCACGAGGUUCAGGAGUUGCAGAUGUAUUAGGUACAGUUAAAGAAUUUGGAAAACGAUUUGGGGAAGAAACCAAGAAAACUGUUAAAUAG